GAUCAAUAGAACUGUGUGUGCGGGGAGGCUGCAGCCACAGGCUGGGACGGACAGGACCUGGAAGCAGACCCAGCAAGCAGAAUACGCCACUGCUCUUCAAAGUUUGGCAUUGGAGAGAUCACGCUGCAUCCAUUCGACUCUGAAUAAGAAGAAAAGAAGAGGACAGAAAAUUUUCUGCCUUGGAAGAGUUGGGUCAGUGACACAAUGUCCUCGAAGGGGGGAACUCCUUCACCCCUGAAUGUCACCACCCUGUCCGCUGACACCUCAUGCGGGGUGGAUUCUGAGUUCAGAUACCUCCUUUUCACCAUCUUCUACAGCUUCAUCUUCAUUCUGGGCUUCAUUGCCAAUUGCUAUGUGCUGUGGAUUUUCUGCCACGUUUAUGCUUGGAGGAAACUAAACGAAAUCAAGAUCUUCAUGGUGAACCUGAUAGUGGCUGACCUGCUGUUCCUAAUCACACUGCCCCUGUGGAUACUUUACUAUCACCACAAUGGAAACUGGAUUAUGCCUACAUUCCUGUGUAACGUGGCCGGCUACUUGUUCUUUGUUAACACCUACUGCUCCAUCGCCUUUUUGACAGUCAUCACAUACAACCGAUUCCAGGCAGUGACCAAGCCCAUCACAGCCGCUCAGUUCCCCACCAGGAGAAGGGGUAUCUUCCUCUCCGCAGCUAUCUGGGUGGUGAUAAUGAGCAGUGCUUUGUACUACCUCACUAGGGAUGGAAUUAAUGAAAUUAACCAUGGCACCAUCAAGCGGUGUUUUGAGGGCUAUAACACCUCUACCUCUGACAACAAUGUGCCCAUCCUCGCCAGCCACGUUGUCAUAUUCAUUAUUUUUGUCUUCAUUUUCCUGUUUAUACUGGUGUGUAACUUGUUCAUUAUCAAGACACUGCUGACCAAGUCAGUGCAGCUGCAGAAGAGCACCCAUGUCAAGCAGAGGGCAUUCAGGAUGGUGUGCACUGUCCUGGCUGUAUUCAUCAUAUGCUUUGUACCUCACCAUCUUGUUGGACUCCCCUGGACCCUGACGGUCCUAGAGCUGUGGCAGAAGGAAAACUGUCCCUUGCGCCAGCAGCUCAAUGAUGCCCAUCAGGUGACGCUAUGCCUCCUGAGCACCAACUGCAUGCUGGACCCUGUCAUCUACUGCUUCCUCACCAAGAAGUUCAGGAAGCACCUUUCAGAGAAUCUUAAAAGCAUGAAAGGGAGUCGCAAGUGUUCCAGGCAAACCACUGAAACAGUGAUCGAGGGCACAGUGCCCGUCAAUGACCUCCCCACCACCCCCAUGAGAAAUGAAUAUAGCCCUAUCUCCUACUGAGCAGGGCUGGGCCACUUGUGUCAUCAGCUUCCUCCCACUAAGCCAGGAAGAGGAAUUAUGAGCAUUCAAUCCCUGUAUCCACAAAUGCAACCAGAGGAAUAGGGAGCCAGCAGGGGCUGCAAAGAGGCACCUUCUGACACAUACUGAUGCUUCAUGGGACACUAAUCACAGCUCAGUUUGUUUUAUUUUCUGUAAAGAAAAAUACCAUUGACCUUGUACAAGUCUUUCUCCCCCAUCCCAUCUCCUUGUGUGAUCUGUCAGCACUUUAACAUGGGAAGGCAAGGGAAUUGCCAUGAGGCGAGCUCACCCUUAUGAAUGACAGAGAUUCUAUGGGAUCUGAUUCAAGUAACCAGCCUGGAGAGAAGGGGGGUCUGUGAAAGUCGAUGAGUAUUGGUGAUGUGCUGGAAACCUCAGCCAUAGCUCCCCCAAUCCCUGGGAUCCCUAUGUAUAGAUUUUAAGGCCACCAGGGACCAUUAUCUAGUCUGACCUCCUGCAUAUCACUGGCUAGAGAAUGUCACCUAUUCCUAGACCCAGCCCAAUAACUUCUGGUUGAGCUAGCACAUAUCUUUCAGAGAGACCGAAUAUCAACUGAAAACCUCCAAGUGACAGAGGAUGAUUGCCAGCAUAGGAGUUAAGAUAGCAAAUGAAUUUAAUGCUUCUUCAUCAUAGCUUUUAUUUAUUAUAGAUGGGAUUAUAAAGAGGGAGUGGCUAUUGUCCCUAAGCUUGUGCUGCUGGAAACAAAGAAAUGUAGCUGGUUGCUUAUUUGAAGACUGUUUUCUGGUAUUUUAUC